AUGUCCGACGACACCUACCGUAGCUCAAUCACAUCCAGACCAUCUUUCAACAGAACUGUCACAUCCAGCACUCAGAACUAUGGAACCCCAGGAUCCGGAAACCGUGUUCUCAAAAUCGUUACUGAGAUGUCAUCGUCAUCAGUAGCCAGUGGCCUCUCUCCAUACGGUCAGAAUGCCGCUUCAACAAUUCGUGACAACCGUGAACGUGAGAAAAAAGAGAUUAUGGAGUUGAACGACCGUCUUGCUGGAUACAUCGAGAAGGUCAGAUUUUUGGAGGCACAGAACAGAAAGUUGGGAGCUGAUUUGCAAAUGCUCCAAGGUAGAUUCGGAAAGAGCACCGGAUCUGUCAAAGUGAUGUAUGAGCUGGAGAUCACAACUGCACAGACAGUUGUGAAACAGACUGGAAAGGACAAGGAAGAGGCUGAAAGAGAGAUCCGCAAGUUACAAGAUCAGUUGGAUGAGUUCCGUAAGAAGUGGGAGGAAGCCAACAGCGGACGUGCCGAGGAUCGCCUAAAGAUUGAUGAGCUCCUCGUAACACUUUCCGGACUGGAAGCCGAAAUUAACCUUCUGAAGAGACGUAUGCCCUUCUGGAGGAAGAAAUUGCACGUCUCAGAAAAGAAAAUGCUAGACUCCAAGCUGAACUUCAACCAACUCGACCAAGAGACCCUUCUUCGCAUUGACAACCAGAACAGAGUCAAGACUUUGUUAGAAGAGAUCGACUUCAUGAAGAGAGGAUUCGACUCUGAACUGAAGGACCUCCAAGCCAUGGCUGCCCGUGAUACCACCAACGAGAACAGAGAAUUCUUCAAGAACGAGUUGGCUAAUGCAAUUCGUGAUAUUCGUGCAGAGUAUGAACAGAUGAUGAAUGGAAACAAGAGCGAGUUGGAAUCCUGGUACCAAUUGAGAGUUCAAGAGAUCAACACUCAAUCGAAUAGACAAAAUGCUGAGAACAAUUACCAAAAGGAAGAGGUCAAGAGACUUCGCAACCAGACUUCAGAGCUCCGUGGAAAGCUUUCCGACCUUGAAGCUAGAAACGUUCUGCUCGAGAAACAAAUUGAGGAUCUCAACUAUCAACUUGAAGAUGACCAGAGAUCUUAUGAAGCUGCCCUCAACGAUAAAGAUGCUCAAAUCCGCAAACUCCGUGAGGAAUGUCAAGCUCUCAUGGUUGAGCUCCAGAUGCUUCUUGACACCAAACAAACUUUGGAUGGAGAGCUCAAGGUGUACAGGAAAAUGUUGGAUGGAGAAAGCGACAACAAUGGACUCCGUCAAUUGGUCGAGCAAGUUGUUCGUACCUCUGCUAUCAAUGAAGUUGGUGAUACCGAGACGAUGAGAGUUGUGAAGGGAGAACACUCCAGCAGAACAUCUUACCAAAGAUCUGCCAAGGGACAUGUCGCAAUCAAGGAAACCUCCCCAGAAGGAAAGUUCGUCAUUCUGGAGAACACCCACAGAGCUAAGGAAGAACCAUUGGGAGACUGGAAGUUGAAGAGAAAGAUCGAUGGAAAGCGUGAGAUCGUCUUCACCUUCCCAUCUGAUUAUGUGCUCCAUCCAUUCCAAUCUGUUAAGAUCUUCGCCCGCGGAAACGGAAUCGCCAAUCCACCAGACGUUCUUGUUUUCGAGGGAGAUGAUACUUUCGGUGUUGGAGCCAACGUACAAACUAUCCUUUACAACAAUAAAGGAGAGGAGCGCGCAACCCACAUCCAACGUCAAAGCCAACAGACAACCACUUCCUAA